AAUGGGCUGACAGGAGAGCAACAGGCAUAAACAUGAGCACGGUGACAUCGUGGGAUUUCCAUAUUCCGAGGAAAGCAGACAGACGCUGCCAGGAAUAGCUGAGAGAGGCGUAAGCACUUCCAGCCAUUGACUGCUGCUCCUGGAUCCUUUUUCCUUUCAUUCAGUUAUUUUCCCUGUAACCAGUGACUGGGGACAUGGGGGGACCGGGAGUCAUGUUCAUAACAGCCAACAUUGGAUCUCUAUCUGACCAGCCGGGAGACAUGCAGAAGAACUGGUUCCAUGAACUGUUUAAGACAAUCCAGAGAUACAACCCGGAAUUCAUUGCACUGCAUUUGCAGGAGUUUGGGGGCAAGGAAUAUGAGAAGAACAUGGAAGCUGCAGAAAACCUUAUUAGGAUGCUGAUAGAGAGUGAGGAGGUUUCAUCGUAUGACCGGGUGCAAGCAUUCAUAGACACGGAUCACACCCAGCCAAACCGCUUUACUGCUCUUGGCUCAGUCUACCUAAUCCACAAAACCCUGGACAGAAUUCAGAUCUAUAAUUUUAAAGAAAAGCACUUUGCCACUUUCUCUGGGCACAACAUAUUCCUCGGCUCACUUGAUGACUGUCCUUUGGUGCAAAAAGAAAGAUUUCCACAGGAAUUUUGGAAAGAGUUUCCGUGGACACGCAAGGGACUCAUGAGGAGCCGAUGGCAAUUACACAACAGGACAUUUGAUCUGGUGAACCUUCACCUCUUCCAUGAUGCCUCAAAUCUCAUUUCUCUUGAGCAUUCCCCUUCCAUCUAUAGCAUGUAUCGCAGCAAAGCCCUGAAAUACGUCCUUGACAGUUUACAAGAUACUUCAGAAGUGCCUUUUUUCCUGUUUGGAGACUUUAAUUUCCGUUUGGACCUGAAAAGCCUCAUAUCGGCACAGAGUUGGACUCAGAGGGAAAUGACAGAGAAAGACACUGUUCUUUAUGAACAAGAGGGAGAGGUGAAGCUUUCUAUUAAGAAUAAAGUCUUUGACCAUAGGAAUAUGGAGAUUUUCCAGGAGAACAACAUAGAAGAGCUGCACAAGUUUGACUCUGAGCCUCUCCCUUUCCUCAGUAGACUCACUGAGAUGCAAAUCUCCUUUCCUCCCAGUUACCCAUUCAGCGAGGACAUCUCAAGACCAUCAGAAUUCAUGGGCACACGCUGCCCUGCUUGGUGUGAUCGUGUCCUCAUGUCCAACUCUGCCAGAGCCCUCCUCAACAAGGUUAAGGAUGAGAAGAAUGAUGUUCAGUAUGACCGGAUCGGAGCAGAUGUCUGUAUGGGAGAUCACAAGCCUGUGUUUCUUUAUUGUAAGAUGGAGUCACCUAUAGAAAACAAUUUAAAGUAACAGAUUUUACUCUUCUUAUUUCAAAGAAUACCUCAUAAAAAAGCCAGAUGACUACCUGCAACCACUGACAUGGUCUGCGUUUAUAUUAUAGAGACUCUGUUCAUAAGGUGAUUUCAAUUGGUCGCCUCACUGACUGGCAGAUGAAGUUACGACACUAAAACUGCACAUAAAAUCCACGUGUAAUAUUCUUGCUCUUCUGUAAUUAGUUUACAUUUCUUUUAAUUUAAGAUAAUAUGGAGAUAAAU